AUUUCCCCCAAGCUAGGAUAAAGACAGCCAUAUUGAGAUAAUCUAAAUAUGAGUGCUCUUGACCUUUCAGCUACGAAGUGCCAUCCAUUGGAAAUGCCCAAUUGUGAUAGCAAAGACGCAAGAUUACGAUUGGACUGUAGGACUGGUGCUUCGGUGAGCAUAUUCAAUUCUAGAGUAUUUGUCUUUGGUGGUGCCACAUUAGAGCUCGAAAUUCCCCAAGAUUUUACAUUAGAGACGAUUCGUUCAGUAUUCAAAACAACACUGGAACUCAGCGCUAACGAAAAUAGACACACUGAAUAUAACCAGUAUCUAUCAGCGGAGUGUUUCAGACUUAGUUUGAUAAGCAGAAAAUGGAAUCAUUACAAGACAAAUUCAUCGAGCACGUUGGAGACUCCACCGGCUCGGUUCUUCCAUGCAAUGUGUGUUUAUGAUAACUAUAUUUAUAUCAGUGGUGGUAUCAAUUUUAGUAAUGACAAUAAGCCUGAAGUGUUGAACGAUUUGUGGAGAUUUGACAGUAUUGACAGACAAUGGAAAUGCAUCUACGAGAAUGGAAAUAGUGAACUGUUGAAAAGAUACGACCAUAUAAUGUUGAUGCUGCCCAACCUUGAGAUGUUUGAUAAGUCCUUGAUUCAGCCAGGAAUUUGUAUGGUAGGUGGUGUUGGGGAGGAUGGACAGUACCACCAGGCCCUAGAUCUUUUUGACAUGAGUACUCUUAAAGUAUAUGAAAAAGAGCAUCCAAAUUUAUCAGAAUUUAGACAUUCAAGGCAAGGGAAUUCUGAAGAGGAACAUCUCAAGAUACGACAUUCAUUGAAUGCUUUUUAUCCUGAGCUUUGUUCUAACACAAAUGAUUUGAGACUUUACGGUUUUUGCAAAACACCAGAUCCGGUUGAGUUCGAACCCCUUCUGGUAUUCACUAACAGUUGCAAAGGAGUUAGAUACUCUCACAAUAGUAAUUUUGAUAUCAGUGAUAUUUCAAGUUUGCAGUUCCCCACAAUUGGAGUGUUUGGCGAAAACAUUCUGGUGAUAGGUUUCAUAGCCAAUGAAAGAAAACUUUCCUCUUACGUUUUCAAUAUUAGAACCGAUACGUGGACAAAACUUCAAAUAUCAUGUUUGCACAAGGUGUACACCCACAAACCAUCCAAGGGUUUUGUAUGGGAAUCACAUCAUAAAAUUGCAUUUUUGGGGUCGAUGAGCAUGAAGGAUGCAUCUGGCUCUGUUGACUAUUUUGAUAACCUGGUUGUCAUGUCACUGCCUUUCACUAACUUUUUUGGGAAAAAGCCAUAUACUGUUGCCCAAAGACUGAGAUUCUCUAACUCUCCAAGCGCUAGCAGCUUACAUACCCUGGAGAAUAAUUCGGUGAAGAGGACAAAUUCAAUCACAUCAGCUAAUUCCAACUUGAGUCAUGUCCGUGCUAACCCUGUUCACGGAAUGGAGCACACUGGAGAUUUUGCAGGAUAUGCUUAUCACGUUGCUCAGCAGAUGCAGGUGAAUUCCAUUAAAUCAGUCUUGCCCUCAUAUGCAAUUGCAAUUGGAAAGAAUGCAUUCGAUAGAAACACUGCUUUAUCUGAUAUCGAUCUCGUAUGCUCGGAUGGAAAUGUCGUUCCCAUACCUCUUACGCUCUGUCGGAGAAGAUGGGGGUAUGGAUUUGAUGAGCUUUUUGCUGAUGCGUGUGCGAAGUUGCAUCUUGAGCAAAGAGCACUUAACCUGGUUGAGUCUUCGAGAAAUAGCUUCAGUGACUCUUGUGAUAAUGACAGUGACGAUUAUGCAUCAAUUGGUUCGAAAAAUAGUCUCUCUGGACCAAAUUUCAGAUAUCCAUUUCAAGAAAAGGGAAAUAAGAAUGAACCAUUUUCAAUACGAGGCGGACGAGUGCGGUCUCCCUCCCUGAAUGAGUCCAGAAAUAAUUCUAUGACAGGGAGCUUGUUCAACCCAACUGCGCUCAACAGGGCAUCCAUUUCUCUGUCCCAAUCAAGGAGAAACUCGUCUAAUAUUGGACUGUCAAGAAACAAUUCAGUUUCAUAUCUAUCCCCUUCACGCAGAAGUUCUUUGAGCAACUCUGCUAACUCAAGAAGACAUUCUUUGGGAGGAGGUUUACAGAUUGCACAAUCCUCCAGUCGUCGUGGAUCUACUCUGUCUAGAAGCUCAAUGCUUUCAACUUCGUCAAACUCCUACAAUUCAUCAUCUUCUAAUCCUUUAUUACGUCAGCAUGUGAAUCAUAACUCUCAAAGCAAUGUUACUAUAGGAUCAUCUCCGGGCUGUUCAACAUCUGCUCCAAUUUCAUUUUCCCCUGCGCUGGGAGCGCAAAGAUCAUCAGUUACCAGCAAUAAUGAUAUCAAUAAUAACAAUGAAGGUACAGAUACUCUUCAUUUACCUCCAUCGAUUAAACUGGAAAAUAUUCCACUUCAGUUGCCCAUGCCAGAAGUAUUACCGGAUGGAACACCGAUGCACAACUUGGAUCCUGAAUCUCUUUCUCGUACAUUGUCGCAUAUUUCAGCUGCCGAAAAUACUUUUUCAAAGAAAAAUAGCUUGAACAGUAUGCCUCGCUCCUCAAGAGAAGAGAUAGCUGAUAUGGCUGAGCAAAUCGAGAAUUCUCUUGACAUGAAUACAAAGUUUGAUCCGGUCUUGCUACCAAGAUCUCUAUAUUUACCAUAUCCACGAAACACUGUUCAUGCAAUUGUUGAAUACCUCUACAGUGGCCAGAUAGGAGCGAACUGGAAGCUAUUCCCCACUGGAAUUGAGCUUUUACAAGCGACAAAGCAAUUAGGAAUUCCAUUAUUGUACGAUCUAAUUCUGGAGUUGUUUUUCGUUUCGUUAGGCAUAAUGGAAGCCACACUAAAAGCAAAAUUGAUACUGAUUUUGGAAAAAGAGAACAAUGGACAAUCUAACGGUUCUGAUGAACAUAUUUAUAGUUUGUUAGAUAUGAAAGGGAACGAUGAUUUUGACUUGGAUUGGAAGUUGUUGUUGGAGGCAGCUACGGGGAGCAGAAGAGAUUCUGGGUCAACAAUUAGCAGUGAUAUGAAGAUAGAUGAUCAUGAGCAAAGCAUCACGAGCAGUCAUGGUGAUCAGAUGUUAGAUUUGGCUGAUCUAGGACCGACCGAUAAAAUUGAGGCUGAGGCAUGUGACCUGAGUCCAACUAACACCAAAUUUGAAGCUGCUUCUUUGGCAGCUACGGAGAAGGUAGAACCUAAGGAGGUUCCAGACGAUACUGAUGGCCAUCGUUUCAGAAUCACCAUUGGUACUUUAGACGAGAUCGGAUAUGAGACCACCAGUGAUAGCGAGGACGGAGAAGAGGAUGAAAGUAACGAAGGAUUUUUGAUGAAAUCUUUCAAGAAGUUUACGUUGGACGGAAGCGCAGCAAAAGCGGAUGCUGCUGACAGUCGUAAAAAGCUGAAGAGAUGGCCGACCUUCAAAGAGCUGGUCAAUGAUGAGAACACGAGUUUUGUCUCCGAAACGAUAAUCCAGUUGUUUCUGGAAACGGGUGUGCUGAUCAAUGACUCGAAGUUGAUGCUACAAGCAAUCCACGUGCAGCAGUUGUACAGAUGUCUCCGAGAGCUGCGCAGCAGGGACAAAAAGGCGCAGGAGGAGUCGGCGCAGGAGGAGCAGCCUCUUCGCCAGCAGCCCGCAGAACGUGCGAGAGAUGGCAAGCUGGAAGAGAGGACCCCUGCGGGUCCUGCGGGUCCUGCGGGCCCGAAGGACCCAAAAGGCCCUGAUGCCGGCUCUACAACUAAGCCGAGCGAGAAGCCCAGGAACCUGACUGUGCGCUCUGCGUUUUACGAGGGAGAGGGCGGCAACGGCGGUGCCGGCAGAGAGAGCGGGAUGAGUUCGCCCAAGAACCUGGAGGUGUCGUUGCCGACCUUCGACGCGUUCCCGGCGGACAGCAGCCUGAGGAAAAGCAAGUCCAGCGUGAGUGUUCUGUCUGCUCCUACCUCGCUGUUGCGUGCCACGGAGAGCCACGGCAGCGCCCUUGGCGCCCUGGGUGCCGUUGGCGGCAUUGACGAGGCCUUGUCGGUGCGGCACCCUUCUCCGCGCAGGGAUCACCUCCAUCUGCCGGUCAACAACGACAGCAACCUGAGCGUGGACUUUCCCACCCUGAAUGCCACCGGUAGCGGCCGCAGUACAGGCGUUCACAGCGACGACCACAGUCUCUACAGCGUCGAGACUCGGGGCAGCGACAAGGGUGACGCCAAGAAGAAGAAGAAGCGUUUCUUUGGCCGUUUCAGACGCUAGUGUCUGCGCCAACCGCAUACUGUAUGUAUAUAUAUAUUCCUUGUGUACCUUUUUUUACCGUAUCCGGAAAGCGGCAAGAGGGCCUUUUCAUGUCGGCAGACCCACCUGCUCCCGGC